GUGAAUCAUCACUUAAACUGACGCCAAUUUUUAGUAUAUAAGUUUUUUCCUACAAAGAGCCCUCUCCAGUACAAGUUAUUCAGGCAAAUGUCGCUCCGCACUAUAUUACUAGCACGGAGACUAAAUCGUCAUUCUUCCCUCUGCUGUGCCGUUCCCGGAAAGUGGAGUGAAAAUGUUGUGAGGGGCCCUAUGAAUCUUUGGAGAAGGUGAAAAUCCCCGAAAAUGUGCGGCUCCAAAGUAAGGCUGAGCGAGCGGAGCAACUGGACCGCAGCCUUCGAUGAUCUCAUUUGCGUGAUUGAUCGAGAUCAUAUCGCGUUGAUCUGACGCCAUCUUGUGCUUUCCGCCGAAGAACCUUGCAGUCGCCGACGACCUGCGCAUGUUCCCCAGCACCUGCCGACACGCGUUUCUGAAAUCUCUGACGCUCGUCUCGCCCUCGUCGUCUUCUGCUUCCGCACUCCGCCGUCUCCCGGCCCUUUCCGCUCGCUUACACCCUGCACCAUGGCCAGGGUCACGGCCCUCGCUCCGAGUCCUGGGGCGCACGUAUCAGAAUAUGGCCCAGCAGCCUGAGGCGAAGGACGACCAGGACGCACCGCCAACAAGACCUCCUCCACCCUCCUCGCCUCCACCUGCUCCACCCUCGACAAACGCCGGCACGGUAUCGACGAAGGAGCAGCGCAAGAUGGACUGGCGGAUAGCGAAGAGCCUGAUCCCGCACGUGUGGCCGAAGCACGACUGGAAGACGCGUGCCACGGUGGUGUUCGGUUUUGGGCUGCUCAUCGCGAGCAAGCUGCUGAACGUGCAGGUGCCGUACAUCUUCAAGGACGUCAUCGACGCGCUGAAUAUGGACCUGGCGUCCACGGCGACCGCGUGGACCAUCGCGGGGACGCUGGUCGUUGGCUACGGCGCGGCGCGGAUAUCGUCGGCUGUCUUCGGCGAACUGCUGAACGCAGUGUUCGCUAACAUCGGGCAGAGCGCCAUCCGCAAGGUGGCGCGCGAGACGUUCCAGCAUCUGCUCUCGCUCGACAUCGGCUUCCAUCUCUCGAGGCAGACAGGUGGGCUCACUCGGGCUAUCGACCGCGGGACGAAAGGUAUCACGUUUUUGCUGCAGGCGAUGCUGUUCCGCAUCGUACCCACCGCGCUCGAGAUCUCGCUUGUGUGCGGCAUCCUUACCUACAAAUUCGGAUGGGACUUUGCCGCUCUCACCGCCAUCACGUUAGCCGGCUACACGUGGUUCACCAUUCGCACUACGUCAUGGAGGACGAAAUUCCGGCGGGAGGCGAACCAAGCUGACAAUAAGGCGGCUUCGUCUGCCGUGGACUCCUUGAUCAACUUCGAGGCUGUCAAGCACUUCAACAAUGAGCCGUACGAGAUAGCGCAAUACGACAAGCACUUGACAGACUACGAAAAAUCGUCUGUCAAGAUCACCACUUCGCUGGCGAUGCUCAACUCGGGCCAGACGGUGAUCUUCUCCGGCGCGCUGACUAUGGCGAUGUUCAUGGCUGCUCAGGGAGUGGUAAAAGGAACCAUGAGUGUGGGCGAUCUGGUGAUGAUCAACCAACUGAUUUUCCAACUUUCGCUCCCGCUCAACUUUUUGGGCACGAUUUAUCGGGAAAUGAGGCAGAAUUUGUUGGAUAUGGAAGUCUUGUUCAAGAUUCGGGAUGAGAAUCCCCCGCGUCUGGACCCGCCGAACGCCCUUCCUUUGUCUCUUCAGGCAGGAACCAUUCGGUUUGAGAAUGUGACCUUUGGAUAUACAGCCGAACGACCCAUUCUUAAUAAUCUCUCCUUCACGGUUCCUGGCGGGCAGAAAGUCGCUAUCGUAGGGCCUUCCGGGUGUGGAAAAUCCACCGUCCUCCGGCUGCUGUACCGCUUCUACGAACCGUCGGAAGGGCAGAUCUACAUCGACGACCAGGAGAUACGCAAUACCCAACUCGACAGCGUGCGGCGCGCGAUCGGGGUCGUGCCGCAGGACACACCGCUGUUCCAUUCCGACAUCCUGCACAAUAUCCGCUACGGCCGGCUGUCGGCAAGCGACGAGGAGGUGUUCGAGGCUGCGAAGAAGGCGAAUGUGCAUGACGCGGUGAUGCGCUUGCCCGCGGGCUACCGCACGCAGGUGGGUGAGCGGGGUUUGAUGAUCAGUGGCGGCGAGAAACAGCGGUUGGCGCUCGCGCGUGUGUUGUUGAAAGAUCCGCCGAUAUUGUUCUUCGAUGAGGCGACCUCAGCCCUGGACGCUACGACGGAAACGGAGGUGAUGCGGAAUAUCAACAAUAUCUUGAAGGAUCGAUCCAGGACGAGCAUAUUCAUCGCUCACCGAUUACGAACUAUCGUUGAAGCGGAUCUGAUCAUUGUGCUGCGGGACGGGCAGGUUGCGGAGCAGGGCAGCCACGAGCAGCUGUUGCAGCAGGGCUGCUUGUAUGCCAGAAUGUGGCAGGAGCAGGCUCUUGCGGACAGGGUGUCGGAGAUCGAGGCGUGAUUUCGGCGGUCAUGCCAUAAUCAAUCAGUUCAACUACUUGGAUGAAGGGAGCGAAAUAACAAUAGAUGUGGAGACUGCGGUAUCCCGAAGUGGAACUCGGCCACCGCGCUAUUUUGAUGAUGUCCUGCGGCUAAGCUUUGGAACAUGCAGGACUUUUGUCUAGCUAAGCUGAAGAGCGCAUCACCAGAUAUUUAGCCUGAGUCGGGUAACACUUCCGAAUCUGACUGGUUUCUGGGGCAUGAGACCAGCAUUCAAGCUAGUCCCUCGUAUCAAUAUAAAAGCACUACUAGCC